GUCCGGUGAAGCCGUCAGAGCCGCUGGGCCUCGCGGCGGGCGAUGGUGCGCCCGUGCGGGCGGGCACGAGCGGCGGGGCGGCGGGCAUGAAGGAGAAUGGAAGGGGAGGACGAGGUGUCCCUGCGGGAGCAGCAUUUCCACAGCCAAGUGCGGGAGUCGACGAUAUGUUUUCUUCUUUUUGCCGUUCUCUACAUUGUUUCCUACUUCAUCAUCACAAGAUACAAGAGAAAGUCAGAUGAACAAGAAGAUGAAGAUGCCAUAGUCAACAGGAUUUCCAGCACUAAGAAACUAAGACAGAUGGAGUACUGGGGGCACCACCAUUUUAUAGAGGAAUGGAGUCUGAGAAUGGUCAGGAGGAAGAGAAUGUUGCUGAAGGUGGGAAAAAUUUCAAGAAGGUUGUUUUUGAGCACAUUUACUCUAGCAGUUUCAGCUGGUGCUGUUUUGCUUUUACCCUUCUCAAUAAUCAGCAAUGAAAUCCUGCUUUCUUUUCCUCAAAACUACUAUAUUCAAUGGCUAAAUGGCUCCCUGAUUCAUGGUUUGUGGAAUCUUGCUUCUCUCUUUUCCAACCUUUGUUUAUUUGUGUUGAUGCCCUUUGCCUUUUUCUUUCUGGAAUCAGAAGGUUUUGCUGGUCUGAAGAAGGGAAUCCGAGCUCGCAUUUUAGAAACUCUGGUCAUGCUCAUUCUUCUCGCACUGCUUAUUCUUGGAAUAGUCUGGGUAGCUUCCGCACUCAUUGACAACGAUGCUGCAAGCAUGGAGUCUUUAUACGAUCUCUGGGAGUUUUACCUACCCUAUUUAUAUUCCUGUAUAUCAUUGAUGGGAUGUUUGUUACUUCUCUUGUGUACACCAGUUGGUCUUUCCCGUAUGUUUACAGUAAUGGGUCAGUUGUUAGUGAAGCCAACAAUUCUUGAAGACUUGGAUGAACAAAUUUAUAUUAUUACCCUAGAGGAAGAAGCACUCCAGAGACGACUAAAUGGGUUGUCUUCGUCUGUGGAAUACAAUAUAAGGAAGCUAGAACAAGAACUUGAAAACGUUAAGAACCUGAAAACAAAACUAGAGAGGCGAAAAAAGGCUUCAGCAUGGGAACGAAAUUUGGUGUAUCCUGCUGUUAUGGUCCUCCUUCUUAUUGAGACAUCCAUCUCGGUCCUCUUGGUGGCUUGUAAUAUUCUUUGCCUGUUGGUUGAUGAAACAGCAAUGCCAAAGGGAACAAGGGGGCCUGGAAUAGGAAAUGCCUCUCUUUCCACUUUUGGUUUUGUGGGAGCUGCACUUGAAAUCAUUUUGAUUUUCUAUCUUAUGGUGUCCUCUGUUGUCGGUUUCUAUAGCCUCCGAUUUUUUGGAAACUUUACUCCCAAGAAGGAUGACACAACCAUGACAAAGAUCAUUGGGAAUUGUGUGUCAAUCUUGGUCCUGAGCUCUGCACUGCCUGUGAUGUCAAGAACACUGGGAAUCACUAGAUUUGAUCUACUUGGAGACUUUGGAAGGUUUAAUUGGCUGGGAAAUUUCUAUAUUGUAUUAUCCUACAAUUUGCUUUUUGCUAUUGUGACAACAUUGUGUCUGGUCAGAAAAUUCACUUCUGCUGUGCGAGAAGAACUUUUCAAGGCCCUAGGGCUUCAUAAACUUCACUUAUCAAAUACUCCAAGAGAUUCAGAAACAACAAAGCCUUCUGCAAAUGGGCGUCAGAAAACACUGUGAGAUACACAGCAACUUUCUGCAACCAAGAGACCUGAGAACUGCGAGCUCGUGACAUUCCUGUGGAUCGUGGAAGUGUUUUCCUACUGGUUUUGGUUCAUAUUUAGGGCCCAGGCCUGUCAGUGUCACUUUUUUCAUAAUCUGCUAAGAACUUGGCUAUUGCUGAUCUUUUGUUAAAUUUAACUUUCUGAUGGACUCCGUAGUUUCCAGUCAAAUGCAGGUUCCCUAGAGAUUUGUGGAGCCUGAAAAAACAGCAGAUUCUUGUACGGACACGUUUACUUGCAUCAGUAAAUAGGAUCAUCCGUAGAAAAAGUCCUUUCUGCCUGCAGUGAAAAUGUUAGAAAAGGCAUACUUUGAGACUUUCUAAGAAUUCGUUUAAAUCUCAUUAUGUAUUUUAACAAAAUGUAGAAACCUACACACAAGUCAUCCUUUACAGUAAGUGAAGGUUCUGCAAAAAAUGCAGUUUUCAGACGCAAUAAUAAUUGCGUAAAGAUGUCGUCAUGGCUGCGGCGGGUGCGUUUCAGCUGUAACAACUGUGUAUUUAUUUUUCAUUUCCUUAAAACAAAAGCCGAGCUUCUGACUUAUGUUUCAGAAUGAUAUUGAUUAGACUUUAAGCCAAGGGAAAAAUACUAAGUUCUUUUAAAAUCGGCCUUGGUAGAAAGCCCCAAGAAUAUCUCAUAUUGUACAGUGUAAUAAGGUGUGGGAGAAAGUGCUCUGUAAUCAUGCGUCUAUGGAAGCAUCUAUGUGCGUAAUCCAGUCUUACCUCUCAUCGUAUAGUUGCCAGUGUUGAACACACUUGUAACUUAGAUUUUGCCUUAUAGGCUAUAUGUACACUUGAUUUUUUUUUUCUUAAAAAAUCUCUUAAUUUCUCUGUGCUUUUUGACCUUUAUGAAGAAUAUAAAUGCUCAGUGGUAGAAACCACUUCUUUUAUCACAUUCUUUGGGUUUGGGUUACUUUUGUAUAUGCCAGUUUAAAUGUCAGACUUAUAAAAAGUUACCACUUUAACACCAAAAGCUCACAGGUGUCAGCAUUCCUGAGGGAAGACUAGUUUGUAGUGUAACAUGAUCUGAUAGUCAUUCAAUUACUAAAUUGUAACCAAUUGUUGGGAUGGGUUCUUUAAGCCCAUGGAAUGAAAUCAAUGCAGAUUAUACUGUGUUACCACCCACUACCAUAGAAUACCGAGAAUCCUGCAUGCAAAAAAUCUGGGAUGGACCCAUCUGCACACGAUCCAUAGUUACACAAUUUAUAUAAAUUUGUAUGUUCACGUGCACUAUGUGUAUGCCAAUAGAUUGUGUUCAGACAAAAGUUAAAGAACAUUUUUCUCAAAUUGUUGAAAUUAAAGGUCAUUUUUGAGAAACUUAUGAAAAAGUAGGCUUAUGUAUUUGACAUCACAACUUCCAACUGAAAUAAUAAGAAGAAGUCACCUGUGUAUUCAUAAGCUCCGUCUAGGGUACCUCUGCCUUACUUACACCUCUGCAUUUAUUUCCUUCUUAAGCUUCUCAUCUUUUUGAAAUACAGCUUAGCUUUAAAAUAAAAAAAAAACAUUUUGAUUCUAAGCAACAUUCGGUAAACACCACCAGUCUACUAUCUAUCUGUGAAUUUCUCAGAUCUCUUAAGAUCUGUGUACCUAGAAAAUUUAUAAAAGUUGGCUGCUUUCUAAUUUCAUUGUUAAUUAUACCUACUUAAGCUUUAAUUUUUACUGAAACUUGGAAUCCAUACUUUGAGCAGACCAAGUGAAAGGGAGAAGAGAAAUGAACUCAGGAGGAUGCUAACACCACUUCUAACUUACUCCGCAUUCAGGGCACAGCCAAAGAAAGAGCCCCUGAGUUUUUGUAACCUGUCUGGAAACUUUUGAGUAAAAUAUUAAACUUUUCAAUGUCCAUCUUAAACUUUUUGUUUAUUUGAAAGCCUCUUUCCAUCUGAGGACUUGAGCCAGGCUUGGAUCAGUAACCUGGUAAAAUGUGUUAUAAAUACCUGAAACUCUGACUGGGUGCAGUCCUUGUUGCUGUUUAAACAGGAUGAGGCGUAAUGUGAAAGGGGCAUUCUGAACAGUGGUUCUCAGAUGCCUUUUAUGGAAACAAAUACAGGUUGUUAAAUACUCGAUCUGCUGCUUAAUCACGAUUACUUUAGGUUCUAAAAACAGCCAGUAUAUUCCUGAUCUUCCUCUACAAAAAUCUUCCUCUUAAGUGAGAGAUUGACCUUAAAUACGGAGGCUUCCACUGGACACAUGCUGGAAGCUGGUUUGUAUGAAACGCGUGACGGAAGUGGAUGGCACUGAGGACUGAUAACGGUCACUCUUGGGGUCUUCUUCUACUGCAGUGUGUACACUAAUGAAGAGAAGGCGGACGGCCCCAGAGGACAGAUUCCAAUGUUAAUAGUUAAAUCAGUGUUGAAGUUGCCGUUGCAUUUAUCAUUGAAUGGGUGUGCUUAAGUGACUACAUUAAAUCAAAUGGGUCCUGUUAUUUUUUCUCACUUUUAGUAUCUGUUUUCAAAGGGCAUUAGGCACUCAGUUGAGAAAUUUCUUGAGGAGACUUCACAGAUUCUUAUCAUUAAUUGACUCUGCAACAUUUCAAUUAAUUAUUUAAAAAUUAUAAAUUUUACAGAUUAUAACAUUCGAAUUGACUUUUCAACAAUUUUCCAAGUUAUUUCUUAGAUAUUCUAUUUACUUAGUUUUAUGUAUAUUCUGUAUAAAAAUAGGCUUGCUCUAAAUAUGAGACUGUAUGUGAAAGUUCUCACACACACAGAGUAAAAUGUUAGCUCCUUCCGCUGCUACACUGGAGAAUGUGUAAGUGGGCACUGAUGAAGCCUUCGGAAUUGUUUCAACUCUUAGGUGCAUUAAAAGGGCGAGUACAGCUGCUCUUCCUAACACCAGCAUCUGCCUCACUGCUGUGAGUGCGCUCGGCCUUCUCUGCGGCCGCAGCGAUGGCUUAGUCUAAUCACAACCAGCAACGUGGGUUUAAAGCACUCAGACAGCCUUAUAGGCUCUCUUUGUUGUUAGCACGGUAUUUACUGCACAAAGGUGGAAUUCUUAUAAGGCUUUUUUUAAAUGUGAGCAUAACACAAAGAAUUGAUUUUUCAAUUUUUAAAUAUUAGUGUGAUGUUACUUUAAUGUUUGGAAGCACUGGUAAAUUAUUUUUGUUUACAAGUUAUACUGUGAAAUUAUCAUUUGGUCUUGUUUGUUUCUAUGAAAUACAUUCAGUGUGACUUUUAAAAUGUUUUAGAAAUUAAAGUUUUAUAAAAAGUGAUUUCAUAUUUUGGUUUACAAGCACUAAAAUGUGUUUUUUUUUUUUAAUAUUGAAUACCAUAAUGGAUAAAACUUAAGGAUAUUUUUAGGAUACUUCCAUCUCAGUUUUAUAAAGGGCAAUAAUUAUAUUGGUAGGGUAUUGAAUAGAGGGAGAAGUGUAUGUUUUCUCUUUUUGGUUACGGAGUAUUGGUAGAUCAGCUUAAAAUGUAGCAUCAAUAAUUGAAAGCAUGUGUCUUAUUUAAUCCUUUGAAUUAUUUAGAUUUGUUUGAUUUCUCUAAUUUCUUCCAUAGAAGUAGAAGGACUGAGCAACAGCUAAUCAUUGUGGUCUGAGCAGCGUAAUCCAGAGUUCUGGGAAGAGUAAAUGCCGUUAGCAUCUGGUCAACUUCACUGACAUACAAAAGCCUUUACAACAGUGCCUCUCACACAUUUUUAUCACAGUAAGGACGAUGUUUUCCACUGUCUCAGCACACACAUGCACAUACACACUUGGGUACGUAUUGUCUUCAUUUCCUAGGGCUGCUCUGACAGAAUAGCACACGUGGGUGGCUUUAGUGAACAGAAAUUUAUUUUCUCAUGUUGUAGGAGGCUAGAAGCCUGAAUUCAGGGCACUGGUUCUAGGGGAAGGCUUUCUCUCUGGGAGAAGGUCAUUGUCUCUUUUCAGCUUCUAUUUCUUGGUUGUUUUGUGAUCUCCGUGUGCUGUGGCAUCUGUCUUUCCCCAUCUGUGCUUCCUGGCUUCUGUGCUUAAUGGGCUCUUGCGUAUCUCAGAAGUGAUAUGGCCACCUUCACGUAACAAAAGAAAACCUUAUUCCCUAAUGGGAUUACAGCCACAGGUAUAGGGGUUAGGAUUUAAGGACACAGUUUAACCCGUAACACAUAUAAAACAGAAAUGUAAGAAAACAACACCUAUUUUUAUUAUGUGUGAUGCCAACUGAUAUUUUCUAUUGUGUUUCAUUGUUAUUUUUUAAAGUGGUAGCUACAAACCACUGAAUUAUUUUCUGACCUAAUAGAUGGCAGAAUUCAGUUUGAAAAACGUGACUUCUUAAAAGAAAAACUAAUACAAAGACCUUUUUUGUUUUUUUCAUAUUCAGGAAAAAUUUGUUAGUACACAUACCAUUGAAACAAAGGCAUCAUGUGUGCAAAUUAUUGAGUAUGCAAGCAAUGUAACUAAAAAUCAGUAGAAAUUUCCAAAUUCUCAAAAAUGGAUUGUAAAAUUUUAAAACUAGGUGAUUGAUCCAUCUGCCCUGAAGACGUAUCAUUCCAGUGAUGAACGGCUGACUUUCAAGAGAAGUUAUUUAACUUGCAAUUCUGUGUAAUUCAAUUAAAAAAACUUUAAAAAAAAAAUCCAAAUAAAAUCAAAUAGGAAAGUCAGACAAAACCCAGUUAUCUCUGAGACAUCUUUGGUAAUACACUCUUAAUUCUCACGAUAGGAAAGAAGACAACCUGGACCCAACAACAGGCAUGCCCUCUGGGGUUGCGUGUAACUGUGGAGGAGCGGAAGUCUCCAGUGUAGGGAGGCCUGGAUGCAGACGUGGGUUUUCCAUCUGAGAAAGAAGGUGUUGUCAGUUACUAAAAACGUUUUUUGAAAGCUUUCAUGUAUUUUUGUUUCCCUUUGAAAAAAUGUUAGUGAAUCAUGUUACAAACAAUGACACCUUAGAAUCAAGGACAUGUGACACUACUCCCGCCCUUACGUUGAUUCUGCAAGCUUUUUUCACAGUGUCUUGGAACCGCCUUCAGUUUUCUGUAUCAGCGUGACCGUAGACUUGGAGAAUUUACUGCCCCACUUGGAUGACAGACUUUACUGAUGUCAGUGCUUGGCCUUCUCCUCCCUAGUCAGGAUUUCCCACUACUUCCUCUCUUGCACCCUUUAAUUCAGUCUAAAGAGUGAUUCACUUUUUCUUUCUUUUCUUUUUUCUUUUAAGUCCUUAAAUGAAAUCUCUCAUCAAAGAUGCUGAAGUGCAGGUGGUGGAAAGGGGAGUGGGGAAUGAAGGGUCUUGGUUCUGUUCUUCAUACAUAUUCAGCCCUCACAACAACCCCAAGAAAUAGGUCAGUGCCUGUCUCCAUCUUACAGAUGAGGAACUGAAGCGCAGAAAGGUUAAGACACGUGUAAAGUCACACAACUAGUGGGUUUAAGAACUGGAUUUGAAUAUAGGUUAGUACAACUCCAGUCUUACCUUUUCCUUGUUUUUGUUUAUUUUUUCCUUAUCAGCUUGUUUAGAAUUUUCAAACACCAGAUAAUGAGUCAUGUGUUGCAAAAUAUAACCAAGUAUUUCAAUACCAUAUCUCUUCCCAGUGGUCAUGUGAGCUGAUAGGUGAUUAAAACAGUGCCGCGGUCCCAUUUUUUUCCAUAUUUCUAGGCCGUAUUAUAAACUCAAUAUUUUUAAGCAAAUAUUUCUUUCUUGUUUAAAUAGCUAAACAUUUAACUAAUACUGCAGAUAACAUGAAUAGAUUCUAAAAAGAGACCAAUCUUAUGUUUGUAGUAUGCAAAAAUAAAACUUAGUGCUUAAUAAUAAUAGCGGCAAGCACUUAAAGUGCUUUCCUUGUGUCUGACGUUUUAAGCAUUUUAUAUGUGUGUAUGUUUAUUUCUAUAAAUAUAUGAACAUACUUAAUCCUGAUAACAACCCUGUGAAGUAGGUACUGUUACUGUUCCCAUUUUGAAGAUGAGGAAACUGAGGCACACACAGUAACAUGCCCAAGGACACAGGCCUCAGAAUUCAAACACAGGCUGGCUGGCUCCCAAGAGCUUGCCCCUAACCUUUUUACAAGUAUUUCUCCUCAGAUAUAUUUUACUUGUGGCUUGCAGGCUAUGAGAAGAAAUGACCUAUUUUUACGUGGAAGUCCCUCUGUGCAAACAUACCCUGUGUAAGAAAAGAAAAUCUUUAGUUCUCUAAGAACUGAUAAAAGGGACUAAACGAUCUAAAAAUUGUUAUUCUUUUAAGCCAUGUCCAAUGGGGACAAUGUGCCAAUUAGCAAAUACUGGUGAGAUACUGGGCUUUAAGAACAUUGCUAGGUUGCUUUGAAAGAAAAAGGUUUUGGGACAGUUCCUAAAGAUACUGAUUCUGCUCAGCUUGCCACAGCUAUAGGUUUCCAAGGGUUGAAAGUUCUCAUUGUUUGAAUUUAGAUAGAGGAACCUCAAGCCACUGGUGCUUAAUAGUUAAGAACACAGGCUUUGGAAUUGGGCGCACCUGGGUUUGAUUCCUAGCCCUGUUACCUAACUAGUGCGUGAGCCUAUCAGGUAGCUCACACUUCCUAAGCUUGUGUCCUCAUUGUUUCCUCAUUCAGGUUUCUUGUGUGUGCAUGGGGAUAGUACCAUCUGCUGUGGUACAGGAUUAUUAAACAGUGCCCAUAAUUAUCUAUACCAGACUUCUAAAAGGAGAAAAAAAUAAGGUGUAUGUAUAGUGUGUAAUGGGAGAUUGCUGAAUUUUAUACAUAGAAAUGUUACAUAAUACUAUAUCACGACCAUAGCCAGUUUGCAAUAUUGGAUUGGCCUGUGUCAUACACUUAGCCAAUAACUGAAAUGUUAGGCACUCAGUAACUGUGAGCUGUCAUAUUCAGAUGUUCUCUGAUAAUUACUUAGCAUUUAAAAACAUGUCUCAAUUAGUUGUAGCAGACCCUAUAAAGGACUAAAAUAAGCCUUUUUAAUCUUCAACCAUGGGGGUUCUAUAGAAACAACUGAAGCAGUCUCCUUAAAAGCCAUACCGCAUAAGGCUUUGUCCAGUUCACAUCAGGCUCUGUCCAGUCCAUGUGAGGCUCUGUCCACUUCGCGUGAGGCUCUGUCCACUUCGCGUGAGGCUCUGUCC